CCAAAUCCGGAAUUCCUAAGCAACCACCCCCGCAGCCUGGCAGCACUCCAGAUCCCAGCGACUUGCUCACAAGAGGUGAAGCGCCAGCUUCCAAGUUGGCAGGUCCAUGGCUGGCAAGCCUCUGCCCCCUGGAAUCCAAGAGGAGGAGAAGAUCGCCAAAGACUCUGGGCCCAAACUCCCACCAGCACGGCCCCUUGGCCGCCUGCCCAGCAUUUGUGAGGCUCGGCCCACAGGCCCAGGCCCAGCCUCGCGUCGUGGCUCCCUGCUCGGCCAGGCAGCAUCUUUCUCACGCCGCAACUCACUGGUGGGGCCGGGGGCGGGUCCUGCCGGCCGACGACCAUCCCUGGGCCCUGUCCCCCCUCCUCUUGGCUCACGAGUCAGCUUCUCGGGGUUGCCCUUGGCACCGGUCCGCAGAGUGGCACCUUCGUACCGCACAGAGCCCGCCCCUGGGGAGCGCUGGCAGGCUGCCCGUGCACAGCGCGCCCUGGAGUCGGCGCUGGCCGCCGCGCUGCGCAGCAAGUGCUACUUGGGCGCAGAGGCUGGGCCGCUGACGCGCGAAGUCUGCGAGCGGGUGCGCCUGCGCCUGCGCGAGUUCAGCCCUCCGCGCUACAAGCUGGUGUGCAGCGUGGUGCUGGGCCCGCGCGUGGGCCAGGACGUGCACGUGGUGAGCCGCGCGCUCUGGGACGCGGCACGCGAUGGGCUGGCAUCUGCCACCUUCACCAACUCCUCGCUCUUCGCUGUGGCCACGGUCCACGGGCUCUAUUACGAGUGAGGAAGCCGCCAAGUUCUGCAAAAACGGUUUAUUAUCCCAGGAGGAGGCUCUCCCGGGGGCUCACAUCCAAAUAAAUAAAUGUCUGUCAAUAAAUAAAAGUGGUCCAUAAAUAA